CUUGUAGUUGAAUACUUAGGUAGUUAAGUAGUAGUAGUUAGUCUUGAUAACCCGCUAUGAUUUAAGAGGGAGUUAUUCUUGAAUGAAGUUCCGCCAAGACUAACAUAGGUUAGGUACAUACAUCACAGGUCCAAUAAAAGGCAAAGUCAACAAAUAAACCAAACCAAUAGGUGACCAUACCCGAAGAUGAUCAACCGAGUAAGCACUUAUAAUAACAAGCCUCUUAUUACCAAAGGGGUUGUAAAUAAGUUCUAUCUGCUUUAAGCAACUCUUACGGCAAACCCCGCAACCAACAUCUCAUUUCUCACCAACCAGGUAAUUCCAAUAUGCCUUCGGUAACGCAGCCCAUCCCGUACAUCCACCUCCUCUGCAUGCAUGAAUCGGCCUCGGACGCAUUCGUACGCGCGGCGGCAGAGCAGGGCCUCGAGCCGCCCUUACUCAACUUCACCAUCCACAACACGUACCUCGCGGACCUGGCGCCCUCGGUGACCUUCGACCUGGUGGUGUCGCCCGCGAACUCGUACGGGAUCCUGGACGGCGGGUUCGACGACGCCAUCUCGCGCGCCUUCAGCCCGCGGGGGGACUAUGACGCCCUCACGCGCGUCGCCCAGCGCGAGCUGUACCGCCUGCACGGCGGUUACCUGCCCCCCGGCUCGUGCUGCCUCGUCCGCAUCCCCGAGCCGUUCCGCGGGACCUUGCGGUACCACGACGGCCGCGGCUGGGGCUGCAGAUUCCUCGCGCUGUGCCCGACCAUGCGCGUGCCCGCGCCGUGCGAUUGGGACCGGGACGUCGUGUACGAGUGCGUGUGGAGCCUGCUGAAUGCGAUCGAGCGGCAUAACAGGGGAGUCGAAGCGGAAGCAGAAGAAGAAGAAGAAGAAGGGGGAGAAGGAGCUAGUAGUGGCUCUGGUUCGACGAAGAUAGGAUCUAUCCUGAUGACGCCGUUGGGCACGGGGACCGGGAAGAUUUCCGACGACAAGUGGGCGAAGCAGGCGGUCCUGGCUAUUAAACAUUUUAUCGAUGCCAAGCAGCAUCCCGAGACGUGGUCGGCUAUGAGUUGGAAGGAGACGGGUAAGAUCGAUAUAGAGUUGAUGAAGACGCAGAGCCCGAGUGAAUUGGCAAGGUACUUUCAACGCUAGGUUAAGUCGUUAUGCAGCUUUUACAUAUCAAGUAAAAUAUAUCCGGCAAAUAUAAAGAAUUCACUUAUUA